CCCGAUUAUUCCAAACCUUAAAAUUAAAAACAGCGGAAUGUACUCGUCCCGUCCGGACUCCACCCGAUUUUCAGGAUGAAGAAGAUUCGAUUUUGGCUAACCAAUUUUCCCGCCAGGACAAAGUUGGCGGCUACGGCGUCGCUGUUGGUCCUCUCCGCCGCCGGCGCUGCUACUGUUCUCCACAACUCGGACGCUCUCAACUUACCUUCGCCUUCUCCCUCAACCGACUUCCCUGUCCUCUACGGCGCCGUUCGAUCAUCGCGCUCUCUCUUCACUGUACCGUCUAUAUAAUCACUCAACAUAUUCACAUGACUCAUUAUAAUUAUGCUUUUCUUCGCCUCUUAAUUACCAAAUUGCUUGUGGAUGCAGAUUGCUGCAACAGCAUUUGACUACAAAUACUCCCUCCGCGGAUUGCCGGAGUAUUCCGAUGAGUAUCGCCGCGUGCUCUCCGAGGUGCAUUCGCGAUCAGCAAAGAGAAUAUUAAGAUUAUGCGAGCUGAAUAGAGGUUUUUAUGUGAAAGCUGGUCAAUUUGUUGCCGCAAUGCGUCAAGUGCCAAAAGAGUAUUCAUCCACACUUUCAUCACUGCAGGAUCAGACGGCUCCUUGUCCAUUCAAAGCUAUCAAAGAAGUACUGGUGAGGAAUUUGGGUGCGGAUCUUUCAGAAAUAUUCAUUUCAUUUGAUGAACAACCUGUUGCAGCUGCCUCUAUUGCUCAAGUACAUCAUGCAGUGUUGAAAGAUCACCAGGAAGUGGCAGUCAAGGUGCAAUAUCCCGGCUUGGAGAAGCAGAUGCAUUUUGACCUUGGCACCAUGUCGCUCCUUUCAAACUUAAUUACUUGGUUGUUUCCUGAAUACCGGUUUGGAUGGAUAGUGUCAGAAUUUGCAAAAUCUAUUUCUUCUGAACUUGAUUUCACUCAAGAGGCUCGGAACUCAGAGAGAGCAGCAAAAAAUUUCAAAGGCAACAGUACUGUCAAGAUUCCCCACGUUUUUUGGGAUUUGACGACCACUAAAGUUUUGACAAUGCAGUUCUGUAAAGGACAGAAGGUUGAUAACUUGGAAUUCCUGAAGGAAAUGGGAAUCAGUCCCACCAAUGUCGCAAAAGCCCUGUCAGAGAUGGUUGCCGAAAUGAUUUUUGUACAUGGUUUCUUGCACGGUGAUUUACACCCUGGUAAUAUACUGGUUUCUCAAGAAGGGGCAAGUAGCUUUUCUCUGGUUCUUCUGGAUCAUGGGAUUUGUAAAGAAUUGGAUGAAACUUUUAGGGUAAAUUAUUGUGAACUUUGGAAAGCUUUAAUUUUCAUGGAUUCAAACAAAAUUCAGCAGUUGGGUGAACAGAUGGGUGUUUCGAAGUAUGCCAGAUACUUUCCGGUCAUAUUCACGGGGAGAACAAUAAACAGUAAAACAGCUCUCGGAAGAGGAAUGUCAGUGGAAGAGAAAAACAACUUAAAGCAGGAAUUGAAGUCCCUCAAAAUGGAGGAUAUAUCUUCGUUCAUGGAAUCUUUACCAUCUGAUUUUCUAACUGUGUUGCGUGCUGAUGGUUUGCUUCGGUCUUUGCUCAGCAAGUUGGGUGCCCCUCAUCGGAUCCGGUUACGGGCUUAUGCUAAAUAUGCUUUCCAAGGUGUACCAAGAGUAGACGCUUUUGAAUCUGGUGUCACCAUGGGAGCAGUAUUAAUCAAAUUAGAAAGUAAAAUAAAGGACAUUCAACUUAGUCUGAUGCUUGGUAAUCUUUCUUACUCUAGUUUAAUCAUUAACUGAUAUUGAGAAUGAAAUGGUGUUGAAAGUUGGAAAGUUCACGUUGCAGAUUUAUUGGAAUUUCUUGCGGUGAUGGCAGAUUUCACACAUUCAUUCACUAGGAAACUAAAAUUAGCGAUUCUCUCAGCUGCAGUUGUAGUUGAAAAUUCUUUUCGAGGAUUAUUGUGCUAAUUUAAUUGUAUUCUUUCAGCACAAAAGAAUUCAUUGUAAUUAUGAUUAUGAUCUGGGCCAUGUGUCGUAUUAUGAUAUUAUAUAUAUAUAUAUAUAUAUAUAUAUUAAUAGAGGGAGUAUCAUUCUAAUGUUUUUUGAAAAAGAUGGG